UACUCAAGAUUGUUUGUUAGAUCCAGAAAUUGUCAGUCCCGAUAACACAAUUCAGUCACGAGAUCUCAAGGUCAUCCAUGUCUGUUUAACCAUCCGUUAUGUAGCACGAAUACCAAGAAAGAAUGCCAAGAAAACUAAUAAUUCUAAUAAUAGCUUAUUGUUAUAG